GCGGGCUGAGGGGCUCAGCGCGGCGGGCGGGCGGGCGGCGGCAGCGGCGGCUCCUCCGCGCUCGCCGCCGGGACACACCGGGGCGGGGGGACACACCGGGGGGGGGGACCCGCUGCCCCCCGGGCCUCGGGGCCACCCCCUGCGCCCUCCGCACCCGCCGUGGGGGGAGCCCCGCGCCGCUCGGGCCUGGCCCGGCCGCUAUGGAGCCCCGCGGCGGCGCCUGGCAGAACUCGAACGUGGAGAACCUGCCCCCCCACAUCCUGCGCCUGGUCUAUAAGGAGCUUUCCCUGCUCAGCUCCGACCCCCCCGACGGCAUCAAGCUCUUCCCCAACGAGGAGGACAUCACCGACGUGCAGGUCACCAUCGAGGGGCCCGAGGGUACCCCUUACGCGGGGGGGCUCUUCCGCAUGAAGCUGGUCCUGGGGAAGGAGUUCCCGGCGGCCCCCCCCAAAGGCUUCUUCCUCACCAAGAUCUUUCACCCCAACGUGGGGCCCAGCGGCGAGAUCUGCGUCAACGUGCUCAAGAGGGACUGGAGAGCGGAGCUGGGGCUGCGCCAUGUGCUGCUGACCAUCAAGUGCCUCCUGAUCCACCCGAACCCGGAGUCGGCGCUGAACGAAGAGGCCGGGAGGCUCCUCUUGGAAAACUACGAGGAAUACGCGUCCCGAGCGCGGCUCCUGACCGAGAUCCACGCCAGGGGCCCCCCCCGCGCCCCCCCCGAGGCCCCCUCCACCUCCGCGCCCCCCCCGGGGCCCCCCGAUGGGCCCCAGCCCAAGAAACACGCCGGGGACCGGGACAAGAAACCAGCCCCCCCCAAGAAGAAAGCGGACAAGAAACGGGCCCUCAGGAGGCUUUAAGGGGGGGGACACACCCCAAUUACCCCCCCCCGGGGCAUAAAUACCCCCCCUGGGGCAUAAAACACCCCUUUGGGGGGGGGAAAUACCCCUCAGAGAGCCCAGACCCCCCCUCACACACCUUGGGGCAUCAAGUUUCCCUCUGGAGCUGCAGAUACCCCGGGGGGGGGGGGGGGGCAUCAAAUACCCCUUUUGGCAUCCCAAAUACCCCUAUUGAGGCUCUAAAUACCCCCCAUGGGGAGCCUCAAGUAGCCCCACAGGGGUAAAAUAGCCCUGGGGGGGCCCCAAAUACCCCUUAGGCACCCCACGUACCCCUUUGGGGCCCCAAAAUACCCCCAGAGGGGGUAAAUAACCCCCUUAGGGUGCCCCAAAUACUCCCUUGGGACAUCAAAUAUACCCCUUGGGCACCCCAAAUACCCCACUCGGGCCCCAAAAUGCCGCAUUGGAGCCCCAAAUACCCCCAGAGCAGACAAAUACCCUUUUAGGGUGCCCCAAAUACCCCUUGGGCAGCCCCGAUACCCCUUGGGCACCCCAAAACCCCCCCUGGGGACAUGAAAUACUCCUUUAGGGGGCCCUCAAUACCCCAUUGGGACCCCAGAUACCCCUUUGGAAGCCCCAAAUACCCCCAGAGGGGGCAAAUAACCCCCAAAUACCCCGGAUGGGGGAAAAUACCCCCGGGGGGGGGGUCCCCAAAAUCCCUGUUUUGGGGGGGGGUUGGAAUAAAUGGUCCCUGUCAGCUCCCA